GGUAAAAUGCAAACUGCGAACCGCAAACUGCGAACCGGUAAAAUGCGAACUUUUUUGCGAACCAAAACAUUACAUUUUAAUGACCGCAAUAUAAUAUAUUAAAGUUAUAUAAAACAUUUGCUAUUCAAUUCUUCCUUUUAUUAAAUAAUAUAAUGGAAUUAGAUUUAUUUAAAUCUUUACCCGCUGAAUUCGCUGUUCGGUACAAACCAAAAGCUGGUACUAAUUACAUUUUCUCGUGGACUAAUGACAAGGAUAAAGAAAAUUGGCGUGCAGAUGGUUACAGGUGGAGGCAAGGGGGUUCAAAGACAAAUAAUGGAAUUAAAAGGAAGUAUUUUAGAAUUCUUGUUGCACAAGACACAGUAAGUGAUGUGUUUGUACGUAGAGCACACUAUCAUGCUGAUUAUGCUAAUUCAGUUCUGAUAUCAUACAUAGGUGAUGAAGCUAAGGCUGUGCAGUUUCCUUAUGGAAAUGCUACUAGAUGUAAUAGAGAUUUUAUCAGGACACAGCCAGGUGUUAUAAACCAAAUUAAGGAAAGUACAGGUUCUGUCCAAAAAGUAUACAAAGACAUAAUAUUAUCAAAUACAGCUGAUAUAAAUAUAACAGCAGUUCCACGUAACAUGGAACAAGUCAGUAAUACUUUAAAAUCAACACGCAAUCAGCAGCGUUUAUCUAGAGAUAGUUUAUACAAUCUUCAUGAAUUAGCGUAUGAUACAAAUUUUAUUCAUAGUAUAAUAACAUUUCCUGAUUUGGUGGUAGUUAUGUACUCAGAUGAAACACUGCAAAUUUUUCAGCAAGUACUGAAAUUGUCUCAACUACCUCAGCAACUAUCAUAUGAUACAACUUUUUCUUUAGGCGACUUCUAUCUUUCUGUUUUGCUAUUUAGAGAAACUGAGAUUGACCCAAGUCCAAUCAUUCCACUAGCUUUUAUGAUACAUGAGCGAAAAACACUAAUGCCCCAUUCCAUAUUUUGGCAACAUAUGAAAUUAGUAUGCCCAGAACUUGCUUUAAAGAAUGUUUUUAUUGUCACAGAUCAAGAACGAGCUAUAACAGAGGCCAUCAAAGAAAGUUUUCCAUCAGUUUCACAUUUUCUUUGUUGGAACCAUGUUUUGCAGGACAGUAAGCGAUGGUUACAAUUGCAUGGAGUGAAGACAAAAGAUGAAUUAGCAUAUUACACUGAAUGUAUUCAAUCUCUUCUUCGUUCUGAUUCUGAAUCUUCAUAUAAAGACAAACUAAUAACAAUGUUAUCAGCAUGGAGUCAGCCUUUUUCUGAGUACUAUAUCAAAACAAUUCAUAGUGUAGUAGACAAACUUGGAUCUUGGAGAAUUAAACAGUUUAACUUUCAUGAAAUUACAACAAAUCAAUCAGAAGCAUUUAAUACUGUAAUUAAGCGACUACAGGACUGGAAAGAGGCUACUGUAGAUUCAAUGGCUUUAAGCUUAUAUAGACUUAUACAAUAUAGUAUGGUGGAAAUUUAUCGUGCUCGAAAAGGAACUGGCCAAUAUGAAUUAAGAGCUGAAUUGAAAGGUACUUAUGAAGAAUGUGAUCUUCAUAUUCCAGAUACAACAGCACCAGAACAAAUUGUUCAACUUAUUAAAGAAACCAUCAACAAUCAAUUUAUGCAUAAUACAUCUAAAAGUUUAGAGUUAGUACAAGAUACAACUAUGAUAACUUCUGUUGAAAGGGCCAAUGAAAUCAUUAGAAAUUCUCAUAUUGCUCUUGACCCCAAACUUGCAACCUUUAUUGUAAAAGGAUCUAUAGAACCACGUGUAGUAAAACUGUUUCCAAAAGAGACAUGUUCAUGUCCAGCUGAAAGUAGAUGUUAUCAUAUAUUGGCAGCACGCCAGGCUAUUGGUCUAUCUGUUACAAACAACAAAAAAAAACAGGUUAAUCUAACACAACUUCGUCGAAAUACAAGAAAAAAAUCUGACAAAACAGGAGGAAGAAAAAGACCAAGAACACUUGAUAUUGAAGUUAUUCCAGCAGGAGAUGCUAAUCCAGACGAAAUAAAAGAUUUGAUAGCUAAAGUUAAUGCCUUAAAAAAAACAUGA